AUGGUAGAGUUUGCCAUCAACAACUCGGUGCAUGCGUCCACGACGCAUACACCGUUUUACGUGAACGGCUUACGCCAUCCGCGUGUACCCACCUUACUAGAGUGUAACUCUGGUUUAAGGGGGGGAGGGACUCGCGCGAGCAAAAACCGAUUUGGUUCACGCUCAUCACGCUCUGACGAAGAAGUCAUUGCGUUUGAUGCCGAUAUCGAUAACAUCGAUAUCGAAGAAGAUGAUGCCAGUGAGAGUGCGGAAGCCCUCACUGAAGACAAUGAUCCCAGUGAGAGUGCGGAAGCCCUCACUGAAGAAAAGGUUGUUGUUGCUGCAGUGCGCUCACAGCACACUGAAGCUAACGAGUCAUCAGAUGAGUUCAUACUGGCUCGUGAAACGGUAGUCCGUUUUGUGCAAGACUCCAUCGCCGAAGCGGUGGAUAAGAAAAAGCAAACGCAGACAAGAAUGGAAGGGCAAACACUCUUUUAUUUAGUAAAGGUGACUUAG